AUCUGUCAUUGUCAGUCGACCAAUCAUUUGGCAAUCUGACGCUGCUAAUAAGCCUUAUAGAAAAUAAGUAAAAAUAAUUAAUAUAACAAGGAUACACGAUAGUUUCAAAUACCUUGACUAACUUUUAUCACGAUGUCCCAAGUAAAAUCUAAUAAGAAAUUCAAAUGGGCUUUAGAUUUCAAUCAAAAGACGCGCACACAGACAACUGAAUUACCAUCACCACCAGGUUACAGCCAGUCUACUAACGCAAGUUACACUGAAACAUCCAGAGAUACUGAUUCCAAUUUACUUUUGAUCAAAAAGUUAUGGGACGUUGCUCUGGGUCCUCUUAAACAAGUUCCAAUGAAUUUGUUUAUAAUGUACAUGGCUGGAAACUCAAUAUCCAUCUUCCCCAUAAUGAUGGUUGGUAUGCUGAUUGUGCGGCCUGUGAAGGCUUUGUUUGCUACCCAGAGCACAUUCAAAAUGGUUGAAGGCACUCAGGCUACAGGACAAAAGUUUGUCUACUUCAUUGGAAACAUUGUCAACAUUUUACUUGCUCUUUAUAAAUGUCAAAGUAUGGGACUUUUGCCUACACACUCCAGUGAUUGGCUAGCUUUCGAAGAACCUCAAACAAGAGUUGAGCAUAUUGGAGGAGGUCUCUCUCUGAUAUGAAACGGUAGUUAAAUUAAACAACACUGUAUUUAUUGCUAACUUUAUUUAGUUUAUCAUUGUAUAGAACUACUUAUAUUUACAAUAAAGUAUUUGAAUGACUUAUGGAUUUCAUAACAUGUUUAAGUUAUA